UUCAGCGUUGUGCGGCGAUGUAUCAACAGGGAAACAGGACAACAGUUUGCUGUAAAGAUUGUCGAUGUAGCAAAAUUCACUUCAAGUCCUGGAUUAAGCACAGAAGAUCUGAAGAGAGAAGCCAGUAUCUGUCACAUGCUGAAGCAUCCUCAUAUUGUUGAACUAUUGGAGACCUACAGCUCAGAUGGAAUGCUUUAUAUGGUCUUUGAGUUUAUGGAUGGAGCAGAUCUGUGUUUUGAAAUCGUGAAAAGAGCGGAUGCUGGAUUUGUGUACAGCGAGGCUGUAGCCAGUCAUUACAUGAGACAGAUAUUGGAAGCUCUACGUUACUGUCAUGAUAAUAAUAUAAUUCACAGGGAUGUGAAGCCACACUGUGUUCUGCUUGCCUCAAAAGAAAAUUCAGCCCCAGUAAAGCUUGGUGGCUUUGGGGUAGCAAUUCAGUUAGGAGAAUCUGGUCUGGUUGCUGGAGGACGUGUAGGAACACCUCAUUUUAUGGCCCCAGAAGUGGUAAAAAGGGAACCUUAUGGGAAGCCUGUAGAUGUUUGGGGCUGUGGCGUGAUCCUUUUUAUCCUGCUAAGCGGUUGUUUGCCUUUUUAUGGAACAAAGGAAAGAUUAUUUGAAGGCAUUAUUAAAGGAAAAUACAAGAUGAAUCCUAGGCAAUGGAGCCAUAUUUCUGAAAGUGCCAAAGAUCUGGUACGCCGCAUGCUUAUGCUGGAUCCAGCAGAAAGGAUAACAGUAUAUGAAGCACUGAAUCAUCCCUGGUUAAAGGAGAGAGAUCGCUAUGCAUACAAGAUUCAUCUUCCAGAAACAGUAGAACAAUUGAGAAAAUUCAAUGCAAGACGAAAACUAAAGGGGGCAGUACUAGCAGCUGUGUCAAGCCACAAAUUCAACUCCUUCUAUGGUGACCCCCCUGAAGAGCUGCCAGACUUCUCUGAAGACCCCACCUCCUCAGGACUUCUAGCAGCAGAAAGAGCAGUCUCACAGGUGCUGGACAGCCUGGAAGAAAUUCAUGCACUUACAGACUGCAGUGAAAAAGACUUAGAUUUUCUUCACAGUGUUUUCCAGGAUCAGCAUCUUCACACGCUACUAGAUCUUUAUGACAAAAUAAACACAAAAUCUUCACCAGCAAUCAGGAAUCCUCCAAGUGAUGCUGUACAGAGAGCCAAAGAGGUAUUGGAAGAAAUUUCAUGUUACCCAGAGAACAAUGACGCAAAGGAGCUAAAGCGUAUUUUAACACAACCUCAUUUCAUGGCCUUACUUCAAACUCAUGAUGUAGUGGCACAUGAAGUUUACAGUGAUGAAGCGCUGAGAGUUACACCUCCUCCCACCUCUCCAUAUUUAAAUGGAGAUUCUCCAGAAAGCGCAAACGGCGACAUGGAUAUGGAGAAUGUAACACGAGUUCGACUGGUGCAGUUCCAGAAGAACACAGAUGAACCAAUGGGAAUCACUUUAAAAAUGAAUGAGCUGAACCACUGCAUUGUGGCAAGAAUUAUGCACGGAGGAAUGAUUCACCGGCAAGGUACGCUACAUGUAGGGGAUGAAAUCCGAGAAAUAAAUGGAAUCAGUGUGGCAAAUCAAACUGUAGAACAACUACAAAAAAUGCUUCGGGAAAUGCGUGGAAGUAUCACCUUUAAGAUUGUGCCAAGUUAUCGGACGCAGUCUUCAUCCUGUGAGAGAGAUUCCCCCUCUACAUCCAGACAGUCCCCAGCUAAUGGUCAUAGCAGCACUAACAAUUCUGUUUCGGACUUGCCAUCGACAACACAACCAAAAGGACGACAGAUAUAUGUAAGAGCACAAUUUGAAUAUGAUCCAGCAAAGGAUGACCUCAUUCCUUGCAAAGAAGCUGGCAUCAGAUUCCGAGUUGGUGAUAUUAUCCAAAUUAUUAGCAAAGAUGAUCACAACUGGUGGCAGGGUAAACUUGAGAACUCCAAAAAUGGUACUGCAGGUCUUAUUCCUUCUCCUGAACUUCAAGAAUGGCGAGUUGCUUGCAUUGCCAUGGAGAAGACCAAACAGGAGCAACAGGCCAGCUGUACUUGGUUUGGAAAGAAAAAAAAGCAGUAUAAAGACAAAUAUUUGGCAAAGCACAAUGCAGUGUUUGAUCAAUUAGAUCUCGUCACAUAUGAAGAAGUAGUAAAACUGCCAGCAUUCAAAAGGAAAACACUAGUCUUACUAGGUGCACAUGGUGUUGGAAGAAGACACAUAAAAAACACACUCAUCACAAAACACCCGGACAGAUUUGCUUACCCCAUUCCUCACACAACCCGACCUCCAAAGAAAGAUGAAGAAAAUGGGAAAAAUUACUACUUUGUAUCACAUGACCAAAUGAUGCAGGAUAUAUCAAACAAUGAAUAUUUGGAAUACGGCAGCCAUGAGGAUGCAAUGUAUGGGACAAAACUGGAAACAAUACGAAAGAUCCAUGAGCAGGGACUAAUUGCAAUACUUGAUGUAGAACCUCAGGCAUUGAAGGUCCUGAGAACUGCAGAGUUUGCUCCUUUUGUUGUUUUUAUUGCUGCACCUACGAUUACCCCAGGCAUUAAUGAGGAUGAAUCCCUUCAGCGCCUGCAGAAGGAGUCUGAAAUCUUACAGCGAACAUAUGCACACUACUUUGACCUAACAAUUAUCAACAACGAAAUCGAUGAAACCAUCAGGCACCUGGAGGAAGCUAUCGAGCUUGUGUGUACAGCCUCACAGUGGGUCCCCGUCUCCUGGGUCUACUAGACCGGUCGCAAGAGAAUUGAAAAAAAAGAAUCUGUCAUUACUGGGAACCACCUCAUACAUGGCAAACCUCUUCGUUACUGACCUUGUGUCAACAGGUCUUGGCCCCUAGAGACUACCUAGAUGUAGUGUGACCUAAAUUUAUAAUUAUUGUAAUGUCCGAAUAGAUAGGAGGAGGGGGGAAAACAAAUUAAACACUAAUUUAAAGAGACAGUAUCUUUUUUUAAUCAUUUCUCCUAAACUUUAAUAAAAUGUAUCUUUAAAU